UGAGCAUUUGGGAUAUCCGAAAUGAUCAUUUGGGACAAAUGCAAGCGCAUAUCCCGAACGAUCUUCGCAUUUGGGAUAUACCAAUUUCGGACAUAGCUAUUAGAUUACAAGAGCAAUCGAAUUUCGUUAAGGAACAAGAAAUUUUAAAAAUUCGGUUUGAGAUUUUGAAAAUAUAUGCAAUUGAUCAUUUAGUUAAAUUAUUGUAUUUAAGAACUUUAGUAGAUCGUAAUACUUUUAGAGCUCUUAAAAAUUUAAAUAAGAGUAUUAAUAAAUUAUUAAAUAUUAGUCGUGUUGAUGGAUCUUCAAUUUUUACUUUCAUGGAGUGCAAAAUUCAUAUCGUAUUAGAAGAAUAUGAUAAAGCAUUGGAAGAUUUUAAUAGAUUAAGCGAUAAGAGAUACGGACGAGAAUUUCUCAAUAGAGGUUAUGAAGUAUUUCAAAUUUUAAAGAACAAGACUAUUGAUCCAAAAUUUGGAUUUCUCAUCAAAGUGGAUAUUUCUGGAAGGAAUCUUCAAAAGAAAUCAUUAUUAGGAAUGAUUAAAGAUUCGGUUUCAGCAUAA